AUGGAUAAGAAUACACGCCCCAGGGCGAACAGCACCGCCAAGCGAGAUGACGAUAUCCACGACUCAACCAUCAAACCCAUCAACCAUGAAAUUCCCAUCAACGCCUCCGGACACGUCCAGGAACUCCCCCAGAACUUCAACCUCCUCUCCCUAGCCGGCAUCGGCCUCGUCGUCGGCACAGUCUGGCCCGCCAUCGGCGGCUCCAUCCUCGUAGCCAUCUUCAACGGCGGCCCCCCAGGCGUGCUGUACGAGUUCAUCGUCGUCUCCGUCUUCUACUGGGCCGUCGCCGCGAGCAUCGCCGAGCUGGCCAGCGCCAUGCCCUCGUCCGCGGGCGUGUACCACUGGGCGUCCGUGACGCCGGGGCCGAAGUGGGGUCGCGUGGUGGGCUUCUUCGCCGGGUGGUGGAAUUAUCUCGCGUGGUGUCUCGGCUGCGCGAGCAUGUCUUCUAUUCUGGCGAAUACGCUUGUGCAGAUGUAUGCUUUGAACCAUCCUGGGUUUGUGGCUGAGUCGUGGCAUGUGUUUAUCACGUAUAUCAUCACGACCUGGCUCUCGUGCGCUAUUGUUUGCUUGUGGAACAGUGCGAUGCCUGGGUUAAACAAGUUUGGUGUUUUCAUCGUCCUGGCUGGCUUUAUCAUUACCGUAAUCACAUGUGCCGUCAUGCCAGGUCGAGGCGGUCGUCCACCGCAUGCCAGCUCUGCGUUUGUCUGGAAAGACUGGACCGCCGAUAUUGGAUAUCCAAAUGGAUUCGUCUUUGUCGCCGGUAUGCUCAACGGAGCAUACAGCGUUGGUUCAGUCCACGCAACGACCCAGAUGGCCGAGGAGAUUCCCAAUCCGAGCCGAAACGUGCCCAUCGCUAUCCUACUACAGGUCGCCAUCGGAUUUGUCACAGGACUCUGCUAUCUCAUUGCCAUCAUGUACGCCAUCAACGACUACGACGCUCUAUUCGAGUCUGCGUAUCCCAUCGCCGAAAUCUACCGUCAAGCUACCGGUUCUGCCGCAGGUGCUACGGGGCUAUUGUCGCUGGUGAUGAUCUGCAUCGCCUUGACUGUUAUUGGUCUGUACAUCACCUGCGGUCGAACGCUCUGGGCUCUCGCCCGCGAUGGAGCGACUCCUUUCCCAGGGGUGUUUGGCCAUGUACACGAAUCUCUUGACAUGCCCCUCUGGUCUACUCUCAUCACAGCUGUGUUAGUGUCUGUACUCGGUGCUAUCUACGUCGGCAGUACAACAGCCUUCAACGCAUUCGUCGGAACAUUCAUCCUACUCUGCAGCUGUUCAUUCCUAGCAUGCAUCCUACCCAAUCUCCUAAGCGGACGAAAGAACAUCGCAUACGGACCCUUCCGUAUGCAUGGAUUCGUGGGCUUUGCUGUCAACGGCAUCUCAUGUGCUUACUUGCUUAUUUGGAGUGUUAUUUACUGUUUUCCAUAUGCCUUGCCCACUUCUGCACAGAGCAUGAACUACACUUGUGUGAUUUGGGGCGGAUUAACAUUUUUAGUCAGUGUUUGGUGGUUUGCGGGUGCAAGGAAAGGGUACCAGGGCCCUACGACGGCUGGAAGAGUUGUCUCGGGUGUGGCUGUUGGUGCAGCCUGA